AAGUCAAAUAUGACAGACAUUCACCUCAGGGAUAUUGUCCCGCUAGCCUGCCUCAUUCCAUAGUUUGUGAAUAUUAUAUGUUUACUAUCAUUCUGCAUACAUGUGAAUCAGAGGAAUGAUAUUGACGUUCCCUGUAAUACCUUCGCGGCUUUUCUCACACGGUUCAUCGUUAUGUAUAGGGACACCGCUUAUUAGAUCUACUACACGACAGUUCGGCACAUUCAUGCGACAUACAAAAUACAGAAAUCCAACUGGUAAAAAUAGGAAGAAGUCAUUUACUAAUUAUUAUUAGUGUACAUGUCUCAGAUGGACAGAUCGAGAAAAAAAACAUUUGAAACACUUAGGAUGUGGGUGAUAUGGACCAAUCAGAGGCGAGCAAACGUCAGAGUAGUCGUCUGCUGUGUGGAGGCAUUACCAUCAAUCACUGGUCGAGUGCCACCUCUGUUGAAGGGGUAAUGAUGCCUUGGGAUCAGUCGCAAAAAUAUCAUGAGAGAGUGUGUGUGUGUUGAACAUGAUUUGUUGUGAAUUUUAAUCAUUCGUCAGUCUGAUUCUCACUGUGUACCUACUAUGUAGGGAAGGAUGGAUCACCACAAUUUGUACAUAUAUUGGGCCACGUGCGCACUGUGGAAGGAGUAAUUUGAGUGGACUGGGAAAUGUUGGAUGAUGUUUAGCAUGGAAUUUAUCAAUGAGCUAUGUAUUACUCUACAUCGUUGUUUCCGUCCGUAGUGCCCCGGAAAGACAAACGUCAGUGAUAUGCAAAAAUGGCCCUAGGAAUCUCACGAUGGCCAAGGAUAGGGAUCGUGAUUCUGAUAGGAAUAUUACAAGCUUUUCUUGUUUCUGCCGUUGGCGAUAUUUGGUGGAGUCUUGCUGGCAAGUUUGAGUCUUGGAAGAACCCACAGUUAUAUAUCCUAGGAUCACAGCCUUUGUGCCCUAAGUUAAGGGGCCUGUCCCCUGGGCAGGUCAGACUUUGUCAGCUUUAUCAGGAUCACAUGCCCAGUGUCGGGAGAGGGGCCCAGCUGGGCAUUGCUGAAUGCCAGGUUCAAUUUGGACAUAGGCGGUGGAACUGCUCCACAAUUGAAGGGGACAAUUCCGUGUUUGGACCAGUUUUAGAAAGAGCUAGUCGAGAAGCUGCCUUUACACAUGCAAUUUCGGCCGCUGGCGUGGUCCACGCUGUGAGUCGGGCGUGUCGGGAGGGCGAGUUGUCUCGGUGUGGGUGUAGUAAGGCUAUGCGCCCUAAAGAACUCAAACGAGACUGGAUAUGGGGAGGAUGUGGGGAUAAUAUAGAAUAUGGCUACAAUUUCGCAAAAUACUUCGUGGAUGUACGAGAAAAGGAUAAAAACCACAAACGUGGAUCGCGUGAACUUGCCCGGAUGUUAAUGAACCUUCAUAACAACGAAGCAGGCCGAAGGGCUGUUUAUAACUACGCCAAGGUGUCGUGUAAAUGUCAUGGCGUUUCCGGUUCCUGUAGCUUAACCACGUGCUGGCAACAGCUUCCGAGUUUCCGGGAUGUCGGGAACCGCCUAAAGGACAGAUAUGAUGGAAGCUGUGAAGUUCGCUUUAAUAGGAGAGGAACAAAGCUGAAGAGAAAAAUUCAGAGAUACAACAAACCUACAAAAGAAGACAUUAUAUAUUUAGACGAAUCUCCGGACUAUUGUAACGCUAAUCGAACAACCGGAAGUUUAGGGACAGUGGGUCGUGAGUGUAAUAGAAAUUCUGUAGGGAUGGACGGAUGUGACCUCAUGUGUUGUGGGCGGGGCUACAAUACAUUCAAACGGAGACUUGUUGAGAGAUGUCACUGUAAAUUCUAUUGGUGUUGCUAUGUAAAAUGCAAAUCAUGUGAACGAGAGAUCGAUGUACACACUUGUAAGUAAAUAAAUAAAAAAAACGUGAUAAGUUAAACUUUACCUCCUAUCGACGUUCUGUAUAGUGCUCGCAUAUCAAGGAUUUCGGAAUUUUGAAUAUGUGUAUGAUUCAUAUCAAAGCACGCUUCGAACUUAUAGAAGCUGAUUUUGGUGACGUGGGAUAAAAAUGGAACUAUGUAUAGCUCCGUAUUGAAACUACAAACAGGAAACGGAACUCUAUCUAUAUGCUUGUUGCUAUAGCGAUCAAAAUGGAGCUUUUAAUUGUUAUUUGGUUACCAAAUAUAUAACAAAUACUAUUGUUAUUUUUUGUGGUUACUGAAAACAUCUGAAAAGUCUUUAUUGUCAUUGGGAACGGAAGUGAUUUGAAAUGAAAAUGACUGGAACGGAAGCUGAAUGCAGUAACCGGAAACGGAAGUGGUUCAAUACCACGUGACUGAAGACAUCUAUAGAUCGCACUAUCAUGUGUGGGUUUCAGUGUGUGCUUUAAAAGACACGUUCGUGAAAACAAGUGCUGCAUCACGUGACAUUGGUGCAGAUCUCUCAGGGGCUGCCGUACUCUGCAAUAUCGCGCAUGCGCAGUUAUAUCCACAUAUUCAUGUUUGUAGAACUAUAUAGAUAUAUGUAUAAGAUAUUUGCUGUGGAUUUUGAUUCCGGAAACGCAAGAAUAUUACACAGAUCAUCCGUGGUGUUUCCUUCUGGGAAUUGCGCAUGCGCACGCACUCUCCACGGAAGACCUUAUACAGGAUGUAUGUCUCAAGCAUCAUAUCACGAUGCGCAUGCGUAUGACGUGUAUAUAAAAACUGACAAUAUUUUAAUUCCCGUGUUACACAGAAUUUUUCGUAUCACAUGUAAAUAUUGUUGAUGUGUAUAUGCACUUUGAAUAUAUAUUUAUUACGCAAUUUUCAUUCAAGUUGAUAUGCCAACACUAACCGAGAAAGUUAAUUAUCUAUAUAUUUGUUCAUUUCUUAAAAAAAAGUCAUUUCACUACGAACAUUAAGUGUAAAUAGAGGCGAUACCAAAUGUGAUACUUUCAGUGGGUGAGCAUUGUUCUAUUUUAGUUUGUCAUUAAAUUGUAAAACAAUCAUCAUGGUACUCAUCUUCAUUGAAAUUCCAAAAAUAGAUUGGGGAUUUCCACAAAAUGCAACGCUAAGUAUAGAUUGACUUCCUGAUUGGCUGUGUCUGGAAAUACUAUUUCGAAUGUUUUUUCUUUAAUUAUAGAUUAAAGAAUCUAAAAUUGUUUUGAAAGCUCACUUAUGGAUUAUCAAUUUUGUUGUUAAUUUCAUAGGGUGAUAAAUUGAGCUGAUUUUAAGACAAAUAAUUUCUUCGAACACUGAAUUCGACCAGGCCAAGAUGAAAUUUUUCAUCUAAAAAAACAGUUUCCUAUUACAUUUAGCAUGUUCUGGAAAUAGCCUGUUGUUGAAUGUUCCAUGUCCUAGAAAUGGCUGGAAAUAAGUGAUUAAAUUGAUAGAUAAUUUUAAUAUACAGAUCCUGUAACGUGUCAAUAAAGUAUAAUUUUCAAUCUU